AAGGUCCUGGUUGUAUCGAGGAGUAUGACACGUAGAGCCUCCAAGAACAGCUCGCAGAAGACGAGGUUCUGCGGGCAGGGGCUCAGAGCAGUCUGGGAAGUGUAGUCCAGUUGGCUUAGUAGUAGCUUCGUGGUGGGAGCCGAGGUCCCGGGGAAGGGGCUGAGCGGGCUGGAAGCGAGAUUGUGACUGUACCUUUUCACUCUGUAGCUGAAGCACAAGAAGUGUUUCUUUAAUGAAUGACAUCCAUUUAGGACCUAUUUUGACCCUGAGGAUAAUCCUGUGAAUUGCACUGGCUCUGGCCCUUAAUGUUGAUUUCAGUAUGCUGCGUCGAAAACCAACACGCCUGGAGCUAAAGCUUGAUGACAUUGAAGAGUUCGAGAGCAUUCGAAAGGACCUGGAGACCCGUAAGAAACAGAAGGAAGACGUGGAAGUCGUAGGAAGCAGCGAUGGAGAAGGAGCCAUUGGGCUCAGCAGUGACCCCAAGAGCCGGGAACAAAUGAUUAAUGAUCGAAUUGGUUAUAAACCCCAACCAAAGCCCAACAAUCGCUCAUCUCAAUUUGGAAGUUUUGAAUUUUAGGGAUGGAUUAUCUUGCAUGCCAGAUCCCUGGAACGGAGUAAAUUGAUGGCAGAAGUACAAACCGGAUUUAGAGAAUGAAUGCUUGCAGUCAAGCAGAAUAUUUUACCUCCUGUAGAGAGGAAUACUUCUGCAUGAGAUUACUGAUGCUUAACUUUCUCUCUAAGCUGGAAUCCAAACUCUGGUUUGUCUCUGGAAAAUUUGAGUGUAUAAAACUUAUCUGAUUUUUGUUUUUUAAAAUAAAUAUAUUUUUGGAAAAA